CUGACAGCAUCAAACUGCACAUCUUUUGACAAUUUGGUUCAAUACGAAAUUUUGGGUUUAUCCAAUUUGACUAAACUUACCUGGGAAUCUAUGUAAUAUUUAGAGAGUAUUUACACCAUGACGGCCAAAUAUCAACCCUCCGCUUUAAAUGGGCACGUGGAAUUUAAACUUCCCGACAUUUCGCACCCCUCCUUCGGCAAGGUGACGAUUUCUGGGCGAUUUCCACGCAUCCAGCCGCGCUUCUCUCGUUCUGAAGUGGAUCCCAAAAUAUUUUCCGGUCUCGUCUCCAAGUACACGAAAUUGGUGGAGGAGUGCGGACUUGGAACGGGUUCGUUCGAGUGGGCCGGUGCCAUCACGACUACCGUGGCGGCUGCCUUACAGUUUUCACUUUAUUGGAAUCCCACGCUCGCCUUGGACUCGACAGAGUUCACUUUUUACGUUUGGUUUAUACUUUUCGCCUAUUUUUAUGACGAUGGUUUGGAAGAUGGCUGGUUUGAGGGGAAACUGACCGUUGAAGGGUGGCAGUACGCGAGUGAAACCUACAUCAAGAUCAUGAGGAUGCAUGUGGUGGAAGACCCACUGCCCGAAAUUGAGGGAUUACCUUCCUUCCAUGGAACUUGUAAGGCAUUGGUAAGAAUGGUUGCGGCCGGGGUAGAAUGUGUGGGGGAAAAAUAUGUCGAAUAUAUUGAACCUAUGGCUCACACAUUCCAAACAACCUUCCUCAGUAACGACUGGUUUACCUCUUGCCGACUAGAUAAAAGGUUCAGUCUCCGAACGUACAACGCUUGGCGUGGAUGGAACGUUGCUGGCGACGGGUGCUUAGAAGGGCAGCUAUUCGUUCGGGGAAUCCCGAUUUCGCAAAACGUGAGAAGACAUCCACUCUUCAAGCGGAUCAUGAACAUCGUGAGGGGUAAUAUCGCCUGGGUUAACGACAUAUUUAGCACCGGGAAGGACCUCACCACCGAAAACUAUCCAGAUAACGAGAUCUUGUUCCGCGUCCUGGAAAAGGGUGAAAACAUCCAUCAUGUCGUUGCUGACACGUGUGUCAGCAACGGAGAAGAGUUGCAGGAUCUCAUUUACUUGAAACAAACUUUGGUCGACAUUUUUGGCGAGGAUGAUAACAUUUGUGGUUUCCUGGAAAUGGUCGACGUCGUCAUCGAUGGUCAGCUCAUGGUUUAUGUGAAGACAACCCGCUACCAGUGUGACCGCGUGUAUGUCAGAGUUUUCAUGGAUGGCGAUGAAAAAGGCCAACUGAAGCUGUCACGUCAGCCUAGAAAUUAGGUAGCGAUGAAUUGUUCAAGCAUAUUGUUCAAAAUUAAUCACCAGGGGUUAGCAAACUAUUAAUCGUUAAUCUGUAGUUUAAUUGAUUAAUACGAUGUAUAAUAAAUAAAUACUUUAUCGUUUCAUUUCAA